AUGACAAAUGGAAAGCUAGAAGCCGAAGAAUACGCAGAGGCAUGCGAAAAUACCUCAGAAGAUGAAACUAUAUAUGAUUCUAUAGAUAGUAAAACACCCCCAAAGAAAAGAAGGCAGGCAGACCAGAGCUUUUUCCAAGACGCUAUAGAGACAGCUAAAAUAAACUAUAAGAAAUUAAAAAACAAUGAAAGAAUUCCAACUUUCUACUUAGAUGUUCCUUGCCCGCAGUGCGGAGGAAGGACUAUUGGGCAUGGACAAAAGCAUAGAAUAGAAAGAAAGUGCAACAGAUGCCUCCUGACAUUCCAGAUGGACACGUGGCUCAUACAUCUCCUCAAUUUUAAUACCCCACUAAAACAUAUAAUAGAUCGGUCGCUUAAAAAUGUACUAGGCAUAUAUAGUAGAGAUGGGCCAUGUGUGAAUGAGCAAGAGACUAAAAAUUCUAUGGAAAAAGAAAAAGAGCAAGCAGAGGAAUAUAAACGACUAAAAGAAGGGGCAGAGACAAUUCUACAAGAAUUAAAGGAUGCAAAAGAAAGCAUAUCCGAGAUGCAAGCUUCCUCCAAACAAUACAAAAAUCAAAUUGCACAAAUUAGAGGAUGUGUUAAUAAACUUAUGAAUCCACCUAGCACGCCCAAAAAGUCCAAAGAAGCCACAAAUAAUAAUUCAGCAAGUAAAGAAGCUACACAUAAUAAAUCAGCAAGCAAAAGGUCUGCAUCGGCUUCUAAUGCUGCUUUGUCGGUUAAAAAGAGCGAUACUCCCUCUCAAGAAUAA